AUGACUUUUAUCGCAUCGUUCCGAAGACUUUUCGUCUUCCAUACAUUCUCUGCGCCAUAGAUAGUAGCAGUAUAUAGUAGUGUUUUUUUUUUCCUGCUUCCGAGAACCUUCAAAACCCUUCUUCUUUUUCCCCCUCAAAAUUCAUACUAAACCUAAUUAACGAUAAUCCCCUUUUACGGCACACAAAUUUCCAGACCUCUCUCUCUCGCUCCCUCUGCACUACACUCUCACUCUAUCUAUCUUCCUCUGAGGGAUUUUGGGAUCGCCGAUGGUCAUGGAUCCACGUUUCACUGAAUUCUCCGAUUCUAUAAAUGGUUUCAAAUUCGAGGAUGAUACUUCCAAUCUGUUUGAAAAUAUUUCAAAUACAUUCAAGUUUGAAGACGACUCUGUAGAUCUCAACUUCAUGGGCCUUCCUUCACUCCCCCCUGAUCCCAACCCCGGUUAUGUCGCUCCUAACUCUAAAAUAAGCUCAGAUGGGGACUCUCCCGAUGACAGUGAUGUCUCUGAAGAUGUUCUCAAGUACAUAAACUCAAUACUCAUGGAAGAAAACAUAGAGCAGAGACCCAGUAUGUUCCAUGAUCCUUUGGCCCUACAGGCUACUGAGAAAUCCUUAUACAAUGUCAUCGGUGAGAGGUAUCCCGCUUCCCCCAUCCCACACUACCUCUAUUCCAAUCAAAAUUUUGAAAGCCGAGAUGAAUAUACAUUCAGUAGUUCCAUUGACCAGAGUAGUAGCAGCAAUACUAGCGGUGGCAACUCCAUUGAUUCUCAAUGGAUAUGCGAUCCUGGAGAGAGUAAAACAUCUGUCCAAAGUUAUCCUUUGGGGUACCCGUUUCAAUCGGGGUUGGAGACCACUUCGCUUUUGUCAUUUGGCUCUAUGAAGAGUUUCGGUGACAAUGCUAAUGGACCAUUUAACCCUUCUGUGGGUAGCAACCUGGUUUCAAGCAUAUAUAGUGACACCCAGUCAAUCUUGCAGUUCAAUAGAGGGGUAGAGGAAGGUAGCAAGUUCCUUCAUGGUAGUAAUCAGUUAUGUAUUGAUUUGGAGAACUAUGAAUCGCAUCUGCAGCCAAAGGAAGGGGAAGGGGCUUCUGGGGUUGUAGUCAAGGUAGAGAAAGAUGUGAUGGCAAGUCCACCUAAUAGCUCAAGGGGUAGGAAGAAUCAUCACAGGGAGGACACUAGUUUAGAAGAGGAGAGGGAUAACAAGCAGUUUGCAGUUUAUGUGGAAGAAGAGGCUGAGUUGUCUGAGAUGUUUGAUGAGGUUUUGCUUUUUAAAAAUGUCAAAGGGGAGUCUAAAUGGUGUGAUGAAGAAGCGCAAAGUGAAGCAACCAAGAACUUGAAGCAGAAUGGGAAGCCACGUGCUAAGAAGCAGGGAAAUAACAUGGAAGUGGUGGAUUUGCCAACUCUUUUAAUUAGCUGCGCGCAAUCAGUUGCUGCUGAUGAUUGCAGGACUGCAAAUGAACAGCUAAAGCGAAUUAGGCAACACUCUACUCCGUUUGGGGAUGGGUCUCAGAGGUUGGCCCACAUAUUUGCUAACGGUCUCGAUGCGCGCUUAGCUGGCACUGGAUCCCAGAUUUAUCAAUCCCUGGUUUCCAAGAGAAUUUCAGCAGCUGAAAAGUUGAAAGCUUACCAGGUGUAUCUUAAAGCUUCUCCAUUCAAGAAGGUGAUGAUACUCUUCACAGUCAAAACGAUUGCGCAUUUAGCUAUGAAAUCAACCAAGAAAAAGCUCCAUAUCAUCGAUUUCGGUAUCCAGUAUGGUUUCCAGUGGCCCAUCCUUAUCCAAUUCCUCUCAAACCUACCUGGUGGGGUCCCUGAACUUCGAAUAACCGGAAUAGAGUUUCCACGGCCUGGCUUCCGUCCUGCAGAAUUUGUUGAGGAGACGGGGCGACGCUUGGCAAAAUAUUGCGAGCGCUUUAAUGUUCCAUUUCAAUACCAUGGCAUAGCAGCACAGAAAUGGGAAACUAUCAAAAUUGGGGACCUCAAUAUAAGCAGUGAUGAAUUGGUUGCUGUGAAUUGUCUCUUCCGGUUAGAGCACCUACUUGAUGAGACAGUGGUGGUGGACAGUCCAAGGGAUGCUGUUCUAAAGCUAAUUAGAAAAAUGAAUCCUGAUAUUUUUGUGCAUUCUGUUGUUAACGGCUCCUACAGUUCACCCUUCUUUGUCACUAGGUUUCGCGAGGCACUCUUCCACUACUCUUCAUUGUUUGAUAUGUUUGACACUAACUUAGACCGUGAAGAUGAGGGGAGGAUGAAUUUUGAGCAAGAGUUCUAUGGGCGCGAGGUAAUGAAUAUAAUUGCGUGUGAGGGUUUGCAAAGGUUUGAGAGGCCUGAGACAUACAAGCAGUGGCAGGUUCGCAAUAUGAGGGCUGGUUUCAGGAUGCGUCCAUUGGAGCAAGAGCUAAUGAAGAAACUAAGGGGCAUUGUGAAGGCAGGGUAUCACAAAGAUUUUGUGAUCGAUGAAAAUGGCCAAUGGAUGUUGCUAGGAUGGAAGGGUAGGAUUGUCUGUGCUAGCUCCUGUUGGAUACCCGCAUAGAACUCUGUAAGGCGUGAAUUUUAUUACUCUGGGGGGAGGGAGGGGCUAGGAUGUUUUGGAAUGCAGGCAAAGAUUACCAGUAGUACCUGGGUUUUAACAGAAGCCGCUUGCGGGUUAUGAGGGUGACAUAUCGUGCACCCUUGUCAUGGUUGUAAAGAAGCAUCAUCUUGACAUGGUUUACAAUUAUGGAACUAAAGUUGCUCAGGCUGAGAAGAGAUUUGUUACUUAUAAAGGACUUAAGUUGUUGAAGCUGCUGUUGUUAUGCUAUCUCGUGCUGUUUUCUUAUCAGGAUAUUUGACAAGCGAAUCACAUUUUUUCUUUUCUUCACUUUUUCUCAUUGGUGGCGGAGUUUAACUUUUUAGACUACUUGUACUUCGUGCAUGUGAGUUCCUCAUGAGCUUGUAGUUGUAUGUUUGUUUGGUCAGGGUACAUAUGGAAGUAGAACUUUGUUAAGUUGCUGCUUGAAAUUCUUCAUUUAGGUACGUAUUGGAGUUCAUUUUGUUGUGUACUA